UGGGCCUCGCUCGGCAUGGAAGGCGCCCCUCUGGCCGCCAAGCCCCCCGUGAGGAGGAAGGGAAGGCCGCGGAGGCAGGAGAAGGAGCCCGGCGGGCGGCCCAGCCUCCCGGGAGGCUCCGCGCUGGAGGAAACCCCCGGCGGGGCCCGGAGAGGGGAGGCCGCCCCCGCCUCCUGUGGGCGGUACCCUUUGCGGCGAGGAAGUUCGUUCACGUUUCUAACUCCUGGAUCGCACUGGGAUUUUAGUUUGAAAAGGAAGCGGAGGGAGAAAGACGAUGACGCAGUCAGUAUUUGUAGCUUCGAUCUGAAGGAGCCUAGCAAUAAACGUGUCCGAUCUCUGGCCCGGGUCACCUCCUUGGCAAACCUGAUUUCGCCUGUACGAAAUGGUGCAGUGCGUCGCUUCGGACAGACCAUACAGUCGUUCUCCCUUCGCGGUGGCGGCGACAAAUCCCCAGCGAGUGGUCAGAAGCCGUGGAGCCGGCUAACGGCCCCCACCCCUCCGAAAAGAAGGAACAGCGUCCUCUGGUCCGAGACAUUGGAUAUCACGAUGAAGGAGACGUUGAGCACCAAGGAAAUCAAACGCCAAGAGGCGAUCUACGAGCUUUCUCGGGGCGAGCAGGAUUUGAUCGAAGACUUGAAGCUCGCCAGAAAGGCUUACCACGACCCCAUGUUGAAGCUGUCCAUCAUGUCCGAAGAGGAACUGAGCCACAUCUUUGGAGACCUGGAUUCCUACAUCCCCUUGCACGAAGACUUCCUGGAAAAACUCGGGCAGGUGACCCGGCCGGAUGGGACGGUGGAGCAGAUCGGACCCAUUCUUGUAGAAUGGCUGCCCGGGCUUAAUGCCUACAAGGCCUACUGCAGCAACCAGCUGGCGGCCAAAGCCCUCCUGGACCAGAAGAAGCAGGACGCGCGAGUCCAGGACUUCCUGCAGCGGUGCCUGGAGUCCCCUUUCAGCCGCAAGCUGGACCUCUGGAGCUUCCUGGAUAUUCCUCGCAGUCGCCUGGUCAAGUACCCGCUCCUUUUGAAGGAGAUCCUCCGGCACACGCCCAACGAUCACCCCGAUGUCCAGAGUCUGGAAGAAGCAAUCGGCCUCAUCCAAGGGGUCCUCUCGGACAUCAACCUGAAGAAAGGAGAGUCGGAAUGCCAAUACUACAUCGAUAAGCUGGAAUACCUGGAUGAGAAGCAGCGGGAUCCGAGGAUUGAAGCCAGCAAAGUUUUGCUUUGCCACGGGGAGCUGAAGAACAAAAACGGGCAUAAACUUUACAUCUUCCUUUUCCAAGAAAUCUUGGUCCUCAGCCGGCCCGUGACGCGGAAUGAGCGCCAUUCUUACCAAGUGUAUCGGCAGCCGAUCCCCGUACAAGACCUGGUGCUGGAAGACUUGCAGGAUGGAGACGUUAAAAUGGGCGGGUCGUUCCGAGGUGCAUUCGGCAAUUCGGAUAAAGCCAAGAACAUUUUCCGCGUCCGUUUCCGGGACUCCUCCUCGGGCCAGUCUCACACGCUGCAGGCCAACGACAUCUUCCACAAGCAACAGUGGUUCAACUGCAUCCAGGCGGCCAUCGCGCCCUUCCAGCCGAGCCCUCUGCCCUUCGAGACGAAGGACCUGCCCGAGCUGAGCGAGGAAGGCGAAGAGAACCAGCCCUUCGGCUCCAACGCCAAGAUCCAAAGGAGGCAGCCUUCCGCCUCGGGCAGUUUCCGCAUGGAGCUGGGCGAGAACGGCUCCGAAGCCGACGUGGCGGGAGAGAUGAAGAACGUCAAAACCUACCGGAUGCAUUCGGCGCUCAGGAGAAGUAGGGACAAAAGUCAGAGCAGCAUCAAACGGAAAGAGACUCUGGUUUAAAUAGCGGGAGCGAGUGGCUUCCUCGCUCUUUAAUUUAUAAAUAAAGUGUACAUUUUCUUUCCUGUAAUGUGAGAAUGGUGAAGGGACUCUCCUUCUCUCUUUGUUGGUCUUUUUGUGUUACUUGUGAGUCUUGGUUUCUUUUCCUUUCCUUCCCUUCCCUUCCUUUUUUCCUUUCUCCCCUCUCUUCUCCUUUCCUUGUUCUCCUUUAUUUUCCUUCCCUUCCCUUCCUUUCAUUCUUUGUCUUUCUUUUUUUUUUUAAAGGCAGCUACUGGUUCCCCCCCCCCCCCCCGCAAACGUUGUUGAACCGGUGUCUAAUCCCUUGGAGGGGGAGGGGGGGAAGGAUGGGUGGGUCGAAAUGAAGAGCUCGGAUUUCUGGAUUGCAACAGCAGACUCCAGCGGUCACAAUCCCUUCUGUAAAUACUGUAAUAUCGGGAAGGAAAAGCGCUCUCCUAAGGAACCGUAAAGGUGUUAAAAUUGCCUUCCGAAUACAAAUCGGCUCAUCUAAAAAAAAAGAAAAAAGAAAAACGAUUCAUUGGAGGGAAAAAAACAUUGGAAUUUUGGAGAGGUUUUGUGGCUCUCAAUGAUUUUGAUUCUCUGAUUAUCAACUUCUCUUCUAGGACAGUGUUUCUCAACCGUGGUGACUUUUAAGACGGGUGGACUUCAAAUCCCACAAUUCCCCAGCCAGCCUGGCUGGGGAAUUCUGGGACUUGAAGUCCACCCGUCUUAAAGUCACCACGGUUGAGAAACACUGCUCUAGAUUGACACGGUCUAAGGUGCUCGACCCUUCCUCACAAAAAGACCCCCAGGUUCAACACGUUUCCAUUUGAAUGACUGGAAUUCUACACUUGGUGGUGUGCUUUCCUUCCUGGGAACUGCUACGCCCCAUAUUUAAUCUUUGUUGUGUUUUUUUUUAAAAUACUAUUUGAAUACUUUUGUAGACCCUUUCCUUUUUUGUACUUUGAUUCCUUUGUCGUUUCUUUCUCAAAACUGACCCUUUUCUUCACCCCCCUCCUCCCCAUUUCUUGAUGCAUGAGUGCUGGAAAAUAUAUAUAUAUAUAUGUAUAAAUAUACUAUUUGUGAUUCAAACCGAAAAGCCAAUUCAGAUCGGUUGAAACCAAGCCAUAGAUAACUUGAGACAUUGGAGUGGCGGGGAAUGGGGGGGGCGGAACAGUUCCCAUUUUUCCAAUCAGGUCAGAGGAGAGAAAAUUUCCGUGUCCAAAGUGGAGCUCCGGUGGUCAGGAAUUGGCUAUCUUAAAUAAAGGAAGGAGAGUGAAAUUGGUUAGGAAUGUAGCAGUGGGGGAAGGUGGACCCCAGCAAUUGGAACUGCUGGAAGAAAGUGAAGGAAAAGAAGGGGUUACCGAAGAUGGGGAUCAGGGGACAAGGUCUUUUUGAAAGGCAUCAAAAGUUGCAGCGGUUGCGGGAAGCAGAGAAAAAGGCGCGUCGUAAGUCGGUUCAAAGAGGGUUAGCGAGGGGUUUGUUACUGCGUUGGGAACGGGGAAGGCUAAAUACGGAUGUUGGUUUACCGGCAGCUCUCUCCGAGGAUUGAUCCUCCAGGUGGGGAAAAAAACAUAAGAGCUGCCCAAAGAAUGAAUGAAUAAAAUAAAUAAAAAAGCCACCACAAGUUAUUCAAACCAGCCCACUUGGGGAAAAAACGACCUCCCCAAAAUUGGCCCAGUAAGAAAUUUAAAAAAAAACUCAACAACAGUGUGGGGUUUUCUGCUUUUUAUUUUUUUUCCUUUUUAUAUAAUAAUUCUGGGCCAGCAUUGAGGGUAAGGGGGUGAAGCCCCUGCGAGCAAAUGUAAAUAGAAUUACCAAAGGUCUGUAAAUGUCUCCUUGUACAGUAACAUGAAAUGGAAAAUAACGAUUAAAAGCUCAUAUUGCAUCCA